UUUAACCAUUUGUGAAGUGUUUCUAUUUAGCGGAAAGUAAAGGAUUAUUAAAAAUACUUAACAAACACAAUGUGCUAUUACAACGAAUAAGACGUUAUGAAGCGUUCAUAACAUUGCAUACAAAAAGUGAUAAUACAAUAUUUUUUGAAAUUUUAAGACUUCUAAAACAUCAGGUGCUUAAGGUGCUGAGGUCAUUAAUAAUCAUAGAUUUAUAAAUAAAAAUUGUACAUAAGCCGAUUAAAUCUAACAACGAAAUGGCCACAGCAGCUUGUAAGGGUGCAGCGAAACGUCUUUUAAGAUGCUUCUGUGGUUGCAUGGAAAUGACUGAAGAUGAGGUACAGCGUAUAUACCGCUUAAGUACACAGGCGACGUUAAUAGACAGACAGGCAACGAAACUGCUAAGAAGUUAUCUGCAGCUUAAACGUUCUGGAGAUAAAAGUGAAGCUGAACAAUUUCUGGAUAUAUAUGAGAAAUGUGGCGAGUAUGCAACACAAGAAAAUUGUGGAAUACUAACACUAGAUGAACUGGAUGAGUUGUGUGAUUUGGGUUUACCAUAUCAUAUGGAGAAAGAAUUAAAAUUGGUUAUACAAACUGGUGAAUGUUCCAAUAUUGAGCGUUGUUUGCUGCGCAUACAAGGCGAAUGUCGUAACGAAAUCGAAGCAAGCCAGGAAUACAAAGAUUACAAAUCGGCUAUACUUGAUAAGCUAAGAAAUAAGGUAUAACACUAGGUGUUGUUUAUUUAGAGUAAAUUCAUUUAACAACCAUUGAGCCUUUUGGUUAUAAAGAACUUACUGCCGCUCGCUGUGCGUAGUGAAUUCUUAGACUAAACAACAUGUACUCGCUUACUUGCUUUAAUUUAUGCAUCACUAAAUAAUUUUAAUAAUAUUUAAGUUGAAAGUAUUAUAUGUUAUUAUAUAUAAGUUGGAAACUAACAACGAUUGCUGAAUAUGUACAAUAUUAUUUAAAUUAUUAUAUUGCGUCCUUGCUUUGUAAAUUAUCUGUAAAUUAAUUUGUGCUACUUAUGAUGAUUUUUUAAGUAAUUUUGUCUUCUUAAAAGAUUUCUAGUGUCUAAAGUUAAUACUCUUCAAAUGUACCUUAAUUAGAAUGUUAUAAUUAAUAAAUAUAUACAAAACAAUGUCAUAUAUAUGUAUGUAUAUUUGUCAUGUUAUUUUAAAUCAAUUUAUUCAGCUUAGCUUAGUAACUAUGUCAAGAU